AUGGUGGAGACGCUGUCUAAGUACAAGCUCGUGGCGGUGGAUGUGCUAGAGGGCUGGGGGAUGGGGAGUCUGGCGAUGGAUCCGGAGUAUGCGGCUGAGGUUAAAGUGAAUUAUUUGGAGAGUAAUGUUAGGAGGCAGAUGACUGCGGAUACGAAGAAGAGGGCGGAGGAGGAGGCUAAGAAAGUCAAGGAUGAGGCCAAGGCGUUGAAGGCGGAGGUGAAGAAGAAGGCUGGGGGUGGUGGGAAGAGGAAGAGGAAGAGGGUUGUGGAUGAUGAGGACAGUGACGAUGGUGGAGAGUACAGUGAGGAGGAGGAGAUUGUGGUGGCUAAGCCGAAGAAGAAGGUGAAGGGCCGUAGUAAGUGA